CUCUGGCAGGAAUCGACUUUAAGAUCAGAACAAUAGAAUUAGAUGGAAAGAAAAUCAAGCUACAAAUAUGGGAUACAGCAGGCCAGGAGAGAUUCCGCACAAUCACAACAGCUUACUACAGAGGAGCCAUGGGAAUUAUGCUGGUGUAUGACAUCACAAAUGAAAAGUCUUUUGACAACAUAAAAAACUGGAUAAGAAACAUAGAGGAGCAUGCCUCUUCAGAUGUAGAAAGAAUGAUCCUAGGUAACAAAUGUGAUAUGAAUGAAAAAAGACAAGUCUCAAAAGAAAAAGGGGAGAAGUUAGCAAUUGAUUAUGGAAUCAAAUUUUUGGAGACAAGUGCAAAAUCCAGCAUAAAUGUGGAAGAGGCUUUUUUCACACUUGCACGGGACAUUAUGACAAAGCUCAACAGAAAAAUGAACGACAACAGUUCAUCAGGGGCAGGUGGGCCAGUAAAAAUAACAGAAAAUCGGUCUAAGAAGAGCAGCUUCUUUCGAUGCACGCUACUUUGAUGAACUUCUAAUGAUAGACUGCAGCACACUUAGAACCUUUUCUGCUUCUUUGAAAGCACAGGGUCACAAAGCCUCAGAAAUAAUACCACCAAGCUGCUGCUGAGAGCUCCAUUGAACGUAGACUGCGAUACACAAAAUACCAAGUGGAUUUUGCUCACUAAGCCUAUUGACCUGUCAGGCUCUUCUUUCUCAGAUAUGGAAGCUAUGAAGUGGAGACACAAAUGCAAGAGUUAACUUGUUUUCCUUUUUUACUUUCUGUUUUAUUGCCUGUUGCAAAAGCUGCUAUGUUUCUUUUAACUUUGCACAUCCAUAUUGGCCUCUUACUGCCUGUUACAGCACAAUCUUACAUCUGUAUUUGCACAGUUUGACUUGUAAGUAAGAUUCUUAACAGAUUUGUGCAGGGUUUUUCUUUCUCUUUUUAAACAAAUUUAUUUCAAGCAGAAGAGCCAGAGGAAAAAAUUUAAGUCUCACUUCCAUUAUUUUCUAUGCUGUAUACUUGUGGCCAUGACUGCAGUAUGGAUGUUGACACUCUAGUGAUGAGAAUUACGAUAACAAUUGGCAUUUAACAAUCUGUAUGGUUUUGUCUCGUAGAUGCACAAAUCUGUUGAUGUAGAAGCCCUGGCUUCUGUUCUGAAUGUAGAAUGUUGCUUUUCUUUCUUUACCAGACUUAGCAAAGUUGUGUUUGGAAUUGCCAGUCACUGUCUGAUUCACAAAUGCACCUUUCAGUUAUUUGAAUAAACAAGAGUGUCUUUCCUCA